AGAGGCGAGAAGAUGGCGGCCGUGUCAAGCGGAGGUGCAGCUGGGUCCGCUGCGGCCGGGAUCACGCACUCUACCCGACCGACCCACACGGGCAUGGGCUCUCAGAACAGAGCGCAGCCAUCCUCCGGGAUCAGCCACUCCAGUCGAAACACCCCGGCCGCCGGGUGCAUCACCAAUCCUGGCCACCCCUCAGCCACCAGGCCCCCCCCAGCCCGAGUGGGCUACUACGAAAUCGAGCGGACCAUCGGCAAGGGAAAUUUCGCGGUUGUUAAACUAGCCACACACAUCAUUACCAAAGCAAAGGUGGCUAUCAAAAUAGUGGACAAGACGCAGCUGGAUGAUGAAAACCUGAAAAAGAUCUUCAGAGAAGUGCAGAUCAUGAAAAUGCUGAGGCACCCCCAUAUCAUCCGCCUCUACCAGGUUAUGGAAACAGAGAGGAUGAUCUAUCUAGUAACAGAAUAUGCCAGCGGCGGAGAGAUAUUUGACCAUCUGGUGGCCCACGGGCGCAUGGCGGAGAAAGAUGCCAGGAAGAAGUUCAAGCAGAUCGUGGCAGCAGUCCACUUUUGCCACUGCCGCAACAUCGUCCACCGAGACCUGAAGGCUGAGAAUCUGCUGCUGGACCACAACCUCAACAUCAAGAUUGCAGACUUUGGCUUCAGUAACCUGUUUUCCCGAGGCCAGCUGCUGAAGACGUGGUGUGGCAGCCCUCCAUACGCCGCUCCAGAACUCUUUGAGGGCAAGGAGUAUGACGGACCCAAAGUAGACAUAUGGAGCCUGGGUGUGGUGCUCUAUGUGUUGGUGUGUGGCGCGCUGCCCUUCGACGGUAGCACCCUCCAGAAUCUGCGGGCGCGUGUUCUCAGCGGCAAGUUCCGCAUCCCCUUCUUCAUGUCCACAGACUGUGAGUACCUGAUCAGACACAUGCUGGUGCUGGAGCCCAGCAGACGGCUGUCCAUGGAGCAGAUCUGUAAGAACAAGUGGAUGAGACAGGGAGACCCGGACCCAGACUUUGACAGGUUGAUAGCAGAGUGCGAACAGGUGAAAACAGAGAGAGAGACGGAGCUUAUCAACGAGCAGGUGUUGAUGGCCAUGUCUGAGAUGGGUCUGGAUAGAGAGCGCACACUCCAGUCUCUACACACAGAUGCAUAUGAUCACUACAGUGCCAUCUACAGCCUGCUGGCUGACCGCCUCAAGAAACACAAGACCCUGCGUGUUGCCCCGCCCACACCGCGCCCCAUUGGCUAUCCCCUCAACCCUGUACAGCAGACGGACCAGCAGGGUAAUCCAGUUAGCAUGACUGUCCCCCACGUCCAGCUCAUCAACCCGGAAAACCAGAUCGUUGAGCCGGAGGGCAGCAUGGCAUUGGACAGCGAUGAGGGGGAAGAGCCAUCUCCCGAGGCCAUGGCUCGUUACCUGUCAAUGAGGCGGCACACUGUGGGAGUACCAGACCCCAGGACAGAGAUGCAAGAGGAGCUCCAGAAGCUGCCACCAGGCUUCCCUCGUGGUGCUGUGCCCCAGCCCCCCUUCCCUCCGCUGGCCCCCACCAUGGGCCACAUGCACACUCUCAUGCCCACGCAGAGCCUGCAGCCAACACAACAGCUGGAGUACAAGGAGCAGUCGUUGCUGCAGCCCCCAACUCUACAGCUGCUCAAUGGCAUGGGGCCACUGGGCCGGAGGGCCUCCGAUGGCGGGGCCAACAUCCAGCUCCACGCCCAACUCCUCAAGAGGCCCCGGGGGCCCUCACCACUUGUGGCCAGUCCGCACCCGAUCCCUGCUGUAGCUCCGGUGGAUGAGGAGGGUUCGGACGGAGAGCCAGACCAAGAGGCGGUCCAGAGGUACCUGGCGAACCGCUCCAAGCGGCACACGACGCACGCGCUCAUGAGCACAUCGCAUGGCGAGCCCUCGGCAGAGUCACAGCGGCCCCAGGGCCCCCGCCAGAGGGGGGGCUGGGCCCCCGACACACACACCCGAUCUAGCUAUAAGGACUGUAACACCCUUCACCUCCCCAUGGAGCGCUUCUCACCUGUCAGACGAUUCUCCGACGGUGCCACCACCAUUCAAGCCUUCAAGGCCCAUCUGGAGAACAGCAGCCUCAUUAGGCAACUCAAGCAAGAGUGCGAGCAGCUCCAGAAAAUGUACGCUACGCCACAGGAUGAGCGACUCCUGGAGCAUACCCAGCAACAGCACGUCCUGUACCAGCAAGAGCAACAAAUCCUCCACCAGCAAAUCCAGGCCCUGUCUUUAGGUCAUGGAGAGAGCCAGCCCAGUCACAUAACCCACCAGCUCCAGAGGUUGCGUAUCCAACCCUCCAGCCCUCCGCCAACACAUCCCAGCAACCACCUCUUCAGACAGCCCAAUCAGAGCCCUCCGCCUGGCUCUGCAGGCAUGAUGCAGGGGCACGGAGGUCCAUCAUCAGUGCAGUACCAGCACGGUGCUCCCUCGCUCUACCAGGGCCAGAGCAGCAGCCCGCCCCCCACAGGCCUCCCUCGAGUCUCCAUACCAACCAAUCAGCCGGCGUCAUCUGCCCGUGCCAACGUCCCUUUGGCCCAAGGUGUACCUCAGCAACAGCAGGUGACCAUCCAGGUGCAGGAAGUGGAGCUGGGAGGCGGGGCACAGCGGCAGGGCAGCUUCCUGUCCACGCCAUGCGGACACAGAGUCCUCGGCAAGCAGCUUAGCGCAGACAACGCCGAGACGCACAGUCGCAGCCUCGGCCGCUUCUCCUCAGGCUAUGACCAGGCCCAGUUCAACCCUCACCUCUUCUCUGGCGAUGGUGCCUCGCGGGGCGCCUCUGGAGUGGUGGGGUCCUACAGCCCCUACCUGCAGGGAGCCUCCCUCAAAGUGCCCGGUCUGGAGGGCUACCAGAGCGGGGCGGUGGGCACGAGUGGCUAUGGCAGCCCCUCGACGCUACAGCAGGCCCUGCUCUCCCCUACUCCGCUGGAGUACCGCCCCCCGCAGCAGCACGUCACACCCACCCUGCAGGGCCUCCUGUCCCCCCGCCACUCUCUCACAGGCCAUGCAGACCCCCGGUUGCCGCCCCAAGACCUAGCCGCCCUGCUGAAGCGGCAGAGCCCCCGACCGGGCCCCGCACCCCCUACCCCGCCCAGCGCUACGCCCCAGGAGUAUGGAGAGAUGCUGCUUCUCCGUCAGCUGAGCCAGGGCGAAAGCCUGGAGCCGCCCGCCCCGCAGGGUGCCUCAGGAGCCCAACACUACCAUCACCUCCUCCAGAUCCGACCCCCGGAGGCCCCGCCCCAGCAGCACCAGGCCCAAGCUCCCUGUCCUAGUCUGCCGCACACAGAGAGCAUGGAGGAGGAUGAGGUGCCGGCCGGGUACCACCACACACACGAGGGGCUGCUUGCCAAAGCAGGGGAGGGGCAUGAGCUGCUCGGGCCUCCCCGAGGAGGCACCCCGCCCUACAGCUCCCCCACACAUAGGCACGGCUACAUAAGGAACACUUCAGCAACCAGAGACUCUGAGCAUGUGGAGUGCAGGCCCCCGGGGCAGGCUAUGGAGGUGCCUGACCAUAAUGGUGGCGGCUACUCGCGAGGAGCCCAGGGUGACACCUAUAGGUCCCGUGGACAGCUACAGCGCCACCACACCAUCCAGACCUGUGACGAUGCCUAUGACCAGGCGGAGCCCAUGUCGGGGAUGAGCCUGUUGGCCGGCAAAGCGCUGAGCUCCGCCCGCAUGUCGGACAUCCUCAGCCAGACCUCGCUGACAGGAAGCCAGCAGCUGCACCAGCGGGAAGAGUCGGCGUGUGAUGUAGAGGGAGAACUCCAUGCGCCGGCCUGCUACCCCUCCUCUUGCACCAGUGACAUGCUCCUCAGCUACAAGCCUCCUGACCUGCAGUACAGCAUGGAGCAGGCCGGGGUCUAGCACAGGAGGGGGUCAUCCUGUGUAUAGAGGUCCAUAUCAGCCACCUAGAGUUGUGUUGACUUGAGUUGAGCAGCAUCACGCCAAACCGCCAUCGUCUGCCCAAGAGGGGGCGCUCUACGUCCGUCUGUCUGUCUCCAUCUGUCCCCUGGAGGCCGCUCUGCUCGGGGAGGGAGGGGUGGGGGUGGGUGUUGGGGGGGGUGGGGUCACAGGUGUGGACUUUGGGGUUCAGAGGUCGAAGUGCCAGCGUUAACCUGCACAACCAUCCAGCAUCCAUCGCCGUGGGGUCUUCUCCUCAUUUCACACCUGGCCAGGGCAGACUAUGGUUCCACUCUUCCCUCUCUCUCUCUCUCUCCCUCUCUCUCUCUAUCGUCCCCUCACGCUGCAGACCCCACCCCCUCAGCUACCGACCUGCUGCCCCGACGUAAACUUCCCCCUCCUCCACCUCAAAGUCCUCUCUUACCUGUCGACAUCGCCGUGCGUCUGAUUGGCCCAGGUGUCCUCACAGUCCAACUCGCAGGAACACGGAAACCAACAAACACAGAGAGAAAAAAAAACGCACACACACCUCUCGCCACAAAAAAAAAAAAAAAAAAAAAAAACCCAAAGUAUUCACAUGAAGUCUGCGCUUGAGUGUGAGAGGAGGCGGCGAGCGGGGCAGGGAGGGGAGGGGUGUUUUUAAUUAGUCUGCUCCUCCCCUCUCUCCUCCCCCCUCAGCUGUCCUGCAGCAGACCAUUCCAGUGCGGGCUGUGAUGUCAGAGCCAACGAGGGCGCUCUCUCUGAGCCGAGCGGCCCAUCCUGCCAGGCUGGGUCAGGGGCGUUUUGGGUCGGGCUCCCGAGGGGGGCAACAAAACUACGCCCCUCCCUCCCCCCACCCUUCAAAAACGGAGCUCAGUGACAUCGCACAGGACAAACCAGCUCUCUCAUUGUUUCUUUUUUUUUGUUUGUUUGUUUGUUUUUGUUUCUUUUCUUUUGUUUGUUUGUUUGUUUUUUCUCCCGUUCUGGCAUUCAUUUUUCUUAAAUUUCUUUAUUUUUUAUUUUAAGAUUCAUUUUUACGGCUAAUGUCCAUUUAGAAAAUAUGGUCAUUAUUGUUACUCUUAUUGUUAUUACUGUUUUCUGUAAAAGAAGUUUUAUUGUUAUUAAAAUAAAUAUUAUUAUUAUUAUCAUUAUUAUUAUUAUUAUUGUUAAAGGAAAAACAGUUCUGUGUUGCAAGGAAGACAAAAUUGUUUUUUUUGUUUUUUUUUUUGAUUACUUAAGUAAUUCUGCACUUUUGGUUCAAGCGAUCCUCUAUCUGUCCUUUUUCACCCCUCCUCCUUUAUUUUAUUUGUCUCUUGUCUCUUUUCCUUUCUCAUGUUAUAACCCUGUUUUCCAUUCCACCCCCUCCAUCCCCUCCCACUCCCCUUUUUGUUUUACUCCUCCCUCCAUCCUUCUCACCCCCCUCUCAUGUCAGUGACAGUGUAUUGCAUUGUGGGUAGUUUUACCAGACAUUUGCUCCUUUCCUUGUACAGUGCCAUGUAUAGAAUGCUAUUGCAAUUUCUCAAUUUCUCUAUCAAAUCUUUACUUUAUCGUUACUUGUUUUGUUUUGUUUUGUUUUGUUUUUGUUUUUUUUUUAAGAUGUUGUUUGGGAGGCUUUUUAUAUUGGUAUUGUUUAUCAUUUGUAUUUUGGAUGUCUUCAAAAGGUUUUUUUUUUGUUUGUUUGUUUUAUUUUGUUUUGUUUUGUUUUCUCUGAAUAUUGAGAUUGUUCGCCAAAAGAGGACAGAGAGAUGAGAGACAGUGCUCUUUCCUUGUCGUAAAAAGAUUGUUUUUAUUUGUUUUAAUAUUAUUAUAUUGAGACACUUGAAUAAGAGGAGAGUAAUUAUUUUGUGUUGCUUUUUAAAGUAUCAUUUCAGUCAUUGAUGUUGUUGUGACUGUUGUCAUUCUUGUUGAUGUUGGGCCUGUUUUCUGUUGAUGGGGUAGUUGUGGCAGGCUGUAUCGGGUCAGGCUUUGGGCUUCGUCGUCCGGGGUUGGUUCGGGUGCUACAGAGACUUUGACAUUCUAAAAAAAAAAAAAAACAAGAAAGAAAAAAAAAAAACAACAAAAAAAUGAGGGAAUAACUUGUAAAA